AUGGCGAGCGCAAUCACGAGAAUUAAAGCACACGUUAGAGAUUUUAGAAGAAAAGCUUACGGACCAAACAUCUGGAGCGGUAAUCAAAAGCAAAGAGCAAUUUUAAAAGACGGCCAAUACAACAUCCUAAAACCGAAAUUCCCCAGGAGAUAUCUCCGCUAUGUAAAAGACUCCUUUACUAGCCUAGUAGACUCCGAAUGGAAAUGGACAGUGCAAGCUAUGGUGCUGGGAUUUACAGGAAUGUGGCUGCUAUUCGCUCUCUUAUGGUGGUUGAUCGCGUUCGUGCACAAAGACCUGCACGAUGAACACAUGCCCGCUAAACAAGCAGAAAACGGUAUAAUGCGACAUUUAUAUCGUUCAUAUUUUAACGAAUUUUAUUUAGGUUGGACGCCUUGUGUUCUAAACAUCUACGGCUUCCAUUCCUGCUUCUUGUAUUCCUUGGAGACGCAAAGCACGAUCGGAUACGGUUCCAGGGCCGUCACCGAGGAGUGCCCAGAGGCUAUAUUCCUGCUAUGCGCGCAAAUCAUCAUCGGGAUGAUAAUAGAUUCGUUCACAGUCGGCGUAUUUCUCGCGAAAUUGAUGAGACCAAAACUGACGGCUUAUACCAUCCAAUUUUCCAGGAAUGCAGUCGUUUGCUUGCAGGAUGGUGUGUUUUGCCUCAUGAUGAGAGUCGGGGAUUUGCGAAAAAAUAAACUAAUAGGCGUGAGCAUUAAAGCUUUCUUCAUUGAUAGCGCCACGACCAAAGAAGGCGAAAAAUUGGACCCGUACGAAACGGAAUUGCGGGUUCAAUGCGACGAUGCCGGUGGUGAGCCCAUUUUCCUAUGGCCUGUAACGGUGAUGCACAAAAUCAACGAAGAUUCUCCGUUGUACCGAUAUUCUUCAAGCGAUAUAUUGAAUAAGAAAUUCGAGAUUGUCCUCAUGCUGGACGGCACUAUCGAGAGCACGGGGCAAGGCACCAACGCCAUAACCAGUUAUUUGUCCAACGAGAUUCUGUGGGGCCAAAAAUUCGAGAAAAUGAUCGGUUAUAACAAAAAACUGGAAUCGUUCGAGGUUGAUUUCAAAUGCUUUGAUAGUGUAAAGACGGCCUAUACGCCCUCAUGUUCACCUGCAGAGUUCGAUGAAUGCAAAAAAGAUUUUUAUGAAAAGUUCGGUCACAAUGAAGACGAUCAAGAGAAAAAAGAAAUAAUAACGGACAAUAGGAAAGCUCCUUCAAGAUCUGAAACACCUCCAUUUCCAGAUAUUUGGGUUUAA